GAAACUUCGGAGCCGUUCCGCUUCUUCCGGGAGUGGGGCAGCGCGAGCAGCCAGCCGCGACUCACCUGGAGCCGGGGCCGCCAGCGCCGCGGCCCCUUUCCUCGCAGCGACCAGGCUGUGGUGCUUGGGCCAGUAGCCGCCCCUCCCCCCCCCCCCCCCCGGAGCAUCGCCCAGCUGCCCCGCUGGGAACAUGGCGUCCGGCGGCUACCGGAGCAGCGGGGGCAGCACCACGGACUUUCUGGAGGAGUGGAAAGCCAAGCGGGAGAAGAUGCGGGCGAAGCAGGCGCCGCCUCUGCCGGGGGCAGCGGCCGGCACUGACGGUAAAGCCCCCGGGAGCGUUUCCUCGGCUGCCGAGAUCAACAGCACCCUGCACCCCGCCGGCCCGGCCGCCCCACCGCACCCCCCGGAGCGGGGCGCCCCGCCCCCUAGCGGGGGCACGAACUGUGUCCCCCUCUCCGCCAGAGCCGGCUCCAAGGAGCCCCCGCCCCCAGCCGGGGGCAGAGUGGCCGAGCCUGCGGGGAAGCCCCCCGCCGCGCCCGGCUCCCCCGAGGAGGAGAAGGCGGCGGCGGUGGCGGCGGCCAAGGGGAAAAGCUCCGGUCCCAGUGCCAGGAAGGGGAAGGGGCAGAUCGAGAAGAGGAAGCUGCGGGAGAAGAGGCGAUCGACAGGUGUGGUGAACAUCCCCGCCGCCGAGAGUCUAGAUGAAUAUGAUGACGAUGAAACAGGACAGAAGGAACGAAAGAGGGAAGAUGCUAUCACACAGCAGAAUACAAUGCAGAAUGAAUCUGCCAGUGCAGACCCAGGUGGUUCAUACCUAAUACAGAUGGAUGCAGCUGAGAUGAAUAUCUAUUUACAGGGUCAUGAAUCCUCUAGGACAGUUCCAAGCAGAUAUAAAAGUGCAACUAAUGCACCUGAAGAUGAUGUUCCAAAUCGAUAUUCCCGAACAGACAGGACAGGAUAUAGCAGAUACAGCAGGGAUGCAAAUUCUUCUGGGAAUUCUGUACCAAGCAGUCCUUUGGAAAAGAGGAUUGAAGAACUUGAAAGGGAACUAGCCAAGGAGAGGCAAGAAAAUGUAAGAUUAUUGAGGAUGACACAGGACAAAGAGGAACAGAUUGGGAAAUUGAAGGAAGAAAUUGAUUUAUUAAACAGAGUCAUUACCCUGGUAGCUAUCAUAGCUCUUCCAGAGAAGAUCAGCUGACCAGUUUUUACCAGAGCUUUUCUUAACCCAAAUUACCAGAUGAAACUGAGGAGUUGUAGUGCACACGAUGACCACAAACAUUGUGCUAAAUGUCAACCAUGUGUAACAAAUCAGUAUUGUUGUGCCCUUUCUUUAUAACUCUGAGUAUUGUAUAAGGAAUGUAAUGAUACUUUGUAAGAAAACAUGGGGUUUUGGGGUGUUACAUAAGACUACCUGAAAAAACUCCAGUAUGGUUAUUGGCAUCUUGACAUUGACCCAUUAGUAUUUAUCCCUGGAACUUGGAUGGAUUCUAUAGACCAAGAGUCUGGAGUUAAAUUUUUGUUUUUCUAUAUUAAUUAAUCCACGUUUUUGCCUCAAGGCUCAUAAUACCAAUGAUGCAUCUUUAGAAACAUUGUAAUGUUUGAUUGCAGCGGAGUAGGUAUGGUUGCAAUCAGCCACCAAAUAUGCUUAAAGGGUUGGGAGGAGGGGCGAAUACAAACUACCGAGUCAUCACAAGUUUAGACUCUUGAAUAAACUUGAAACAAUUCUCAAAUUUCUCCAUGGAAAAAUUCUGUCUAUCAGAGACAUUCUCUCCCCACCUCCAUUUAUGAGCCUGCUCCUGCUUACUGUAUUCUGUUUAAAAAAACUUACAAAAUGAUGCAACACUUCAUUACUCUGGCAGCAUCAAAUAGAGAUGCAAGAUGCUGGGACUGAAAGAGACCAACUAUUCUAGGGAUAAAUUUCAGCUUUAUCCUAUCCCUUAGAUAUAGGCUAUGGUAAAGGUUAACAAACCUAGGAGGAAAUACUUAAUAAAAAUGUGCACACAAAAGAACUAAUUAUGGAGGUUGGAGAUCUAGGUUUUAUACAACAAGGUUACUUUGGCAGAGCUUCCAGUUGUAGACAGAAAAAUUGGGAGCUGAAGCCCCUGUUUUAUAAGGGCCUGAAGCCACUCCUGCUGUCUAGUCAGUUCGGGAUCCACUCAGAACAAUAGUGGCUUCAGCCCUUACUUUCCCCUAUCCUGCACUGAACUAUAAUUCCUAGAAACCGAGAGACAAUAGCUCCUACUUCAAGGAAUACUCAAUUUUUUUUUAAGAAACACAAUUCUAAUAAUCUUUCUCAGUCCUGGCUGGGUUGUAGGCAGAGGAAUUGGGCCUAUAUGCUAAAUAAUACUACUCUUCCUGGAUAUCCAAUCCCCCCACACUCCCCGCUCCACUCCCAAUCAAUUGUAAGGGGCUGCAAACUGUCUGGGAGUGGUAAUACUGUGUUGAUGUUUUUGAUUGGGUAGUGAAUGUCUAAAACUGGCCCUGGUUUUGAGCAUUUUAUUUAUCCCUUGCAGUGAUGUGCUGGAGGUGGUUCGUGUUAAAAUUCUAUCAGCAAAUUGCAGAGGACUUGUGAUUUCCCUCUCUCUGCAUGCUGCAAAAUCAAAUGUGCCAAAGAUGAAUUAUACCUGGGGCUUCUGAAGACAAAUGUUUUGCCUGUGGAAUGUACCAUGUUGCAUUAUGUCAGCCGUUUAAAAACACACAUCAACUCUCCCAUCUUUUAAAACAUAAAUGUACCUAUAUUUUAGGAACCAAGUAUUGGCUAAAUAUUUUCAGUGUCCUGUGACACUUCCUGGGGGUACCCAGUAUAGUGAAGUACCUCGCUCCUACCUGCCCUUAGCAUAAGGAAACCUUGUCUGUGCCAGCCAUGAGUUAACUCCCUGAUUCCACAGGCACCACAAGUAUUCCCCACUCAGCCUAUGCAGGCUCUUGCUGUCUACAGGUUAGUGAUAGGUCCCUUUGGAGCCCCUGCUGCACUUGACACAUACAGUGUUCACAGAGUCACUGCUCCCCAAGAAACAAUACACCCCAGUUUAUCAGCUUCACCUCUGAUCACUGCUCUGCUUAGCACACAGCACUUAGAUAAGUUUAUAGUGAAAACAAGUAAAAGAUUAUUUGACAAAGGAUGGGGAUUCAAGUGAUAGCAAGUAGAAAUAUUGGAAACAAAUGGUUAUCUAUAAAAUAAAAACAAUACGCACCGUAGGUCUUUCUGGUUUAUCACAGCCAUGCUUCCCUAUGAUCUUCUAUUCAUGAGACAAGUCAUGCUAUCAGCUUGCCUCCUCAGUGAAAAAGAUCCCAGGUAUCUCUCUGUACCCCCAGUUAUACUCACCAAUCCAUUGUGUUUACUAGCAAACAGGCUGCUUCCCCAUUGUCUUUUUGUGGGUGUGCCUCUUUCUUGUCAAUUAUGAAAUCUCUCGAUUUAGCAUUUGGCUUAGUUUGUAGUCUGUUGUGAAGUGGUCAAUACACAUAUGACCAGCCAGAGAUAGAAAAGAAUCUCUUCCCUCUUACCUGACAGGAGCACAUUUUAUCACCUUCUGGUGACCUGCCUUAACUCAUGUACCUUAAAAACAUAAUUUUCAGUACAGGUACAUUAUUCUUUAGACAUUAGCUGUACAAACAUUUCACAGUGAUUAUGAUGAACUCUUGAGUGUGCUCUUGAGUCUUGGUAGAGACUUCACAUGCCACCCUUUCGUAAACUUAAUAUGCAUAUAUCUGACUGAGGGAUCCCUGUAAAACUCUGUGCAACCCCUGUGCCCUCUCCCAGUUGGCAUCAGGGUCAUGUGCCUGGUUUUGGUUAUUAGAUAGUGUUUUAGUUAAAUGCAGAAAUGCAUUAAUAGACUCCUCAGCCACUCAUCUCUUCAGUUCUGCAAACAAACAUCCAGCUAGUACACAGGAUUCAUUACAUGCCGAGACGGAUGUUUUAUGGGAAGCUUGUUAAAAUAUUACUAAUGUAUCAUUUAUUACUUGGAGGUAAUAGAAUUAUAUAGAUUUUCAUAUUAAACAUGUUACAUUUAAAUCAUCCUGGCACUAUAUAUAUUUUUUUUCUUAAGUGUCAGAUAUUAAAGAUUCCUUUUGGUUUUACAACUAACAUACUUUUCUCCUCUUCCCUAUUUUAAAUUAUUGCACUGAAUUUGUUUUUGUCAAAUAGCCAUGUCCUCCAGGAAAUACUAAAUAGGAUUAGCAACUGUGCUGGCUGGUGUUGUGACCUAAGAUUUUUUACUACAUUCGGAUCAUCCUUAGUAUUGGCCACUCGCAAGCCAUGUGUUGUAAUGGUUAUCUGCAGUAGUUAUUGUUACAAGUAACCCCUAUGACAACUAAAAUUGAAAGAGAUUAGAGGAAAAAAAGUUCUCUUUUUUCUAUUUUACUAUGUGUACAAAGGUUUUUAUUGUUUCCACUCUGAAGUCAGUUGAGUUAAUCAGUUUCUCCUGUUUUGUUUUGGUGCGGUUCUUUUGCACAGCAACAGGGGGAGAAAAAUAUUUUGUAUACAUGUUUCUUUUGUGACCGUAAAAAUCACAAAAAUGAGCAGGUCUCAAGAAAGGCACUUACCUAAAACCUCUUUGAAUUCCUUUUUUUUAAAUAAAGUCAUUAGAUUUCAAAUUUAGUGUGCCUUUAAAUGCUCUCUUUCUUCAAACUCCUUUUAAAGCAGCCAGCUGCUCCUCUUAGUAAUCCUUUUUUAUUUUAAAACCUGUCUCUGCAAUUUCAGAAGGCUUUUGAACACUAUCAAUAUUUUAUCUGAGAUAACUGACAACAGAUCAAAUUACUUUAGACGCCUUCUGCAGGAGUCCAUAUUCUGAAGCGGUGGUUCACAGUAGCUAUAAUUUACUCCACCAAAGCAGCAAAGAAUUUGCAGAAAACUGUUCUCCUGAAGCCUAGCAGAUUGUAAUGGUCUCCUAAUCCAGCAGAGUUGGUUGCCUUGUAGGAUGUAUAACGGAUGCUGGAAAUCUUUAAUAUUUCAAAGAUGGUGGUGACUGACAGAAAGUUUCAUGCCGGUUUACAUAACAUAAGUGGGGUGGAUCCAUUCCAGGUACAAGUGAACAGGAAUCCCCAUUAACAGCAAGGUUGUAAAUUGUGGUGCAGGGUGUUUGUUUCAGCAGAGAGGCUGAAGAUUCAGUCAAUAAAGAGACCGAGCUACUGGAUUACCCUUACAUGGCAGUACUUCCAGAACACUGUUAGGGUGCACUGGUGAAGCUGAUGUCCGUGCUCUGCCUACUCAAUAGAUUAAUAAAGUACUCCUACUCUCCAGACAGUCAGUUUGGUACCUUUUCAACACCAUUCCAUUCUGUUUGUUAGUAUUAGUUAUUUUUAUUUUAGUUUCAUUUGGCUGCUGUUUUCUUGAGUGUUCCACAUCACAGAAGUCUAGUUGGCAAUUUUCUUCCAUUGCAGUUUUUCUGUGAGGCUUCAUUUUACAGCCAUCCCUUGAUUUUUGUCUUUUAGUCUUCAAGAGCUAAAAUCCCCUGAGAUGCAGCCAGGUAUUUAUAUAUUAGUUUAUCUGCCAAAGGAUAUUUCAGUGGAUUACCACCUUCCCUCUUUCUUUCUUGGAGCUUUGAGAGUUCUGUAAUUUUUUUGUAUAUUUUACUGGACUUUUAGUCUAAUACGGGCAGCCUAAGGCACUGACAGAAGAGCACACAAUGAUGAGAAUAUUACGAGACGCUCCUUGUGGUGCUUCUGAACACCCAACAUUUUGAAUCUGUGAGAAGUCCUGUGUGGUUACACACUGGAAGCACAGAGAUGUCUAGAGCCCAGGCGAAAGUAAUCCACUGAGGUGAAGAAUAGUUACUGGUAAAUAAUGUUAUGUUUUUCUCUUAAGCCUUACACUUGCCCUGUCUUAUUAACCUGCUACGACUAGAGUGUUAAACCAACAUAUUACAGGGCAGAAUCAUUAACCAAAUGCUGAUCUGGGGACCCCAAAGACAGUAUGAAUCAGCUUCAAUUCACGCAGACUGGGAACAUGUCGUUUUCUCCCCACCACCCCAAAUCUCUGAAUUUUUGUCCCAUUUUUUAAUGCAUGCUUACAAAUUACACUAUGUUCUGAUACCAAGGAACAGGGAGGCCUCAGAGCAAGUUGGCUAUUGGUUGUUCUGGAGUGCAGUGAGACACAGGCUAUAGUUUACUAAGCAUUGGCACUAAAGAGAGAUUCCCCCCCCCCCCCCCCGCACUAUGGCACAAAGCCAUACAAAGUUCUCCAACGACAUUGGAACAAAUGUCCUCAAUUACACAAGAAUUAACAUAACAUACUGUUUUAAGACAUAGAAAACAAAUAGUACUUUGGAUUUUUUUUUUAGUCUUUGCGUUUAUGUGUGCAAAAAAUGUCCUAAUUCAGAACUGCGGUGAGGAAAGUUAAUCCUAUUUUCUUCCUUGAAUAAUCUUCCAUUCCUCGGUUUGUUAAACAUUCUUGGCACUUGCAAGUCAAAGAAAAGAUAAUACAUAGUUCUGAAGAAUAACCUUUUCAGUACUUAUAAAAUCAGAUCCCUGUAAAAUACGAUCUUAAUAGAAGUUUAUAAAUGAAUCUUUUAAAUGUCAAAACGGGAAAGUAAUUUGCAGAUUUGAGUGUUUUAAUAAAUGUUGUUAAGAAUCCACACUGUAACAUACUGUAAUUUGCCAGUCACAGAACAAGUAUACUCUUCAGACAUGUUUUAGAGGACUUGUCUCUAUUAGACUUGGCUAUAGUUUAAA